AAAGUUGGAAAACUCUUUAACAUUUAUUUUUGUUUUGUGAUCAAAGUGUCUUUACUUGCAUCUUUAACUUUUCCUAUUCAAAGGAAUGUCAUUCGUAUCGAUACUAAAAUAUGCAUAGUGGAUACAUUUCUAAUUGUAAGUUUAGAACUUAAAAGACUUCUGUAUUUAAGUUACACUUGUUGAAAUUGUUGAUAUUUGGCUAACCGAGAACAAGAUUGAUUGGUUUAAAGUAGACAGGUGUUUGAUAAAUUUCAAGAUUGGUGGAAGUCUGCGUUGAGUAUUUUCGACCAGCACUGUGCUGCAGUUACAGAACUUCAGACCACAUACUUCAUUUCACUGAUGUUCUUCGAAGAAAAUCUCUCCUGCGAAACAAAAGGCCUGAAAUGCGACCAUUAUUUGGACUAUCAAUCACUCUAAGACAUGGUGUAAAUCCCACUAAAACAAACCUUUUGAGUUCGGUUCAAAGUGCAGUGGGCUCAAAUUGGAUGAUCACCAAGUUAUACCACUCCAUAAAUCUACUUUCCAAUUUAGCAGUACCCCGAUUAGAUUAUUCAGUCAAUCAAUAUACCGCAAGGUCAAACUGGAUGAUCACAAAGCUUAGCAAAGAGCGUCGAAUUGCCGAAGCACGGCAAGUAUUCGAUGGAAUGCCUGAGCCGGAUGUCAUUACAUGGACAACGUUGAUUUCUGGCUAUAUAAAAUGUGGGCUGAUGAGAGAAGCAAGAAAAUUGUUUGAUAGAGUGGAUGCCAAGAAAAAUGUAGUCACAUGGACUGCUAUGGUUUCGGGGUAUUUGCGAAUGAAUCAUAUUUUAGAGGGGGAGAAGUUAUUCAAUCAUAUGCCUAAUAAGAAUGUUGUUUCUUGGAAUACUAUGAUUGAUGGGUAUGUGCAAAGUGGUUGGAUUGAUAAAGCUUUGGGUUUGUUUGAGAAAAUGCCGGAGAGGAAUGUGGUUACUUGGAAUACGGUUAUAGUGGGGUUGGCUCAGUAUGGGAGAGUUGAGGAGGCAAGGAGGUUUUUUGAUUUGAUGCCAGAAAGGGAUGUGAUUUCUUGGACGGCUAUGAUUACAUGUUUGUCAAAGAAUGGGAGAGUCGAUGAGGCCAGGGUGCUUUUUGAUAGGAUGCCAGAGCGGAAUGUGGUUUCAUGGAAUGCGAUGAUGACAGGAUAUGCACAGAACUUGAGGUUGGAUGAAGCUUUUGAUUUGUUUGAGAGGAUGUCAGAAAAAGAUGUCUCGUCUUGGAAUACGAUGAUCACAGGUUUUAUUCAGAAUGGGGAUUUAAGAAGGGCAAGGAAGUUCUUUAAUGGAAUGCCACGAAGGAAUGUCAUCUCUUGGACUACAAUGAUCAAUGGAUAUCUGGAAGAUGGCCAAAGUGAAGAGGCAUUGAAGAUUUUUGUGCAAAUGCUAUCUGAUAAUAGGAUAAAGCCUAAUGAAGGGACGUUUGUGAGUGUCUUGGGUGCUUGUAGUGACUUAGCUGGUCUUGGAGAGGGAAUGCAAAUUCACCAAAUAAUAUGCAAGACAGUUUAUCAGGAUAGUGCAUUUGUGGUAUCCGCAGUCAUAAACAUGUACUCAAAAUGUGGAGAGCUGGUUACUGCUAGGAGAAUGUUUGAUGAUGGGUCAAAAAGCUUGAGGGAUUUGAUCGCUUGGAAUGGUAUGAUAGCAGCCUAUGCCCAUCAUGGAUGUGGUAGAGAGGCUAUCAACUUGUUUGAAGAAUUACAACAUUUAGGUUUCAGACCAAAUGAUGUGACCUAUGUAGGAUUGCUUGCUGCUUGUAGCCAUUCUGGUUUGGUGGAGGAGGGGUUAAAGUAUUUUAAUGAGCUUGUGGGAGACAGGUCCGUUGAAGUGAGAGAAGAUCACUAUACAUGCCUUGUUGAUCUCUGUGGUCGAUCAGGGAGGCUCAAGGAGGCUUUUGAGUUCAUUGAGCAACUUCCAACUAAGGCAUCAGCAUGUGCUUGGGGGGCUCUUCUUGCGGGAUGUAAUAAUCAUGGGGUCACAAAUUUAGGGAAGAUGGUUGCAAAAAAGCUUUUGGAGGUGGAGCCAGAAAAUGCUGGUACUUAUAUGUUGUUAUCAAACAUAUACGCUUCAAGUGGGAAAUGGAAAGAAGCUGCAAAGCUGAGGUCGAAAAUGAAGGGCAAAGGGUUAAAAAAGCAGCCAGGGUGCAGUUGGAUUGAAGUGGGGAACAGGGUUCAUGUUUUUGUAGUUGCUGAUAAAUCUCAUUCUGAAACCGAGGCUAUUUAUUCUUUACUUUGCAAUCUUCAUUUGAAAAUGCGGAAGGCUGUUAAGAUUUUAGACGAUGAUUUUGCAGUGGAAAAGGAUUUCUUGGUAACGUAAAUUUUCGAUCUUCAGCAUGAGUAUUCUAGGUGAUGGUUGACCACCUGGUUGCAUUUUUGGUGAUGAUUAUCACUUGUAUCAUGCCAAAAGCGAAAGAGUGCAUAUGGAGUACUUCUUUGUCUGCUUUAUGGUCUACACAUCCUCUGCAUUUCACACAAACAGCGUGAUACCCCUAUGGCACAGAAACGGCAUUGAGGGAAUGUAGCCUCCUUUCACCUAAAGAGCAAAGGUGUAACAAUCAUUUCUUUAGCAUUUUCAGUAUGCAUACAGAAUGAGCCUUAAUGUGGCGACUCUGAAUGCCAGAGAUUACUAAGGGAUUAUAGGCAUAUCAACUUCUAGAGAUGUGUGCAAGCCUUUAAUUUGUUACAGCUUCAGAAGCUGUCAGUCUCCCCAGUGCGAGGAAUGUAUGGCUAAAACACUUCUCACUCUUGCUUCUGUGGAGAGGGAUGCAUAGAAUUAGUUUUUAAUCCUUUUAAAUCACAAACACGGGUACAAACUACCGAUUGAAUUGAUACUAAGAGAAGAUAGAUUUGUUGCCCAAAUUCAAUACAUGCUUACAAUUUUUUUAGUUCCUACAUAAACUUCUAAUCAUUAUCUGGAACCUCUUAUGCAAGAACUCAAGAAGAUCUGUAGUCUAUGUUACUGCCUUGGACAAAUUAUGAAAAAAGGAGGGCUCUGUUGUCUGCAUCAAGUCCACAUUUUAAGAUUUUUGUCACUGCCUGAUGGUUUGGGAUAACUUGAUUAUCGAAAUUUCCAAGUGCAGGACCGUGUGGCGUAUUUGGCAAUAUAUAUCUGCAUAUAUAUAUAUAUAUUUUUUUU